CUGUUUCGUUCCCACGUUGUCCUUAAUCACGCAUUCGGAUUUAUUGACUUGAGCUGUUGAUUUAAUUUAGUUUAAACUAACUGAGCCACGAGGCAUACAGAUCAGCUACACACAAAAAACAAACGGAUAACUAUUUGGCCGGUGCCUUCAGCUAAAAUUACAAAACAAUUUAAUAUGAAGCGUGAGGGCGGCAUUUCACGAUGUGCGAUAAACGCGAUAUACCGCAGAUGCGCGUGGUAUAAACCCAUCAUCUGACGGAAGCUCUUUAAUCGGUUCUGGCUGCUCCUGCUCGAUGUAUAAAAAGUAUAUGUAAACAGUGCGCCGCAUAUUAAAAUUGCAAAAGUUAAUAUGUUUCCGCGCAAUCCAAUGUGCUGCAGUGCGUCUUGUGAAGGACUUGUGAAAUUUCCUGCGUAAAGCCUCCAAAACGAACAUUUACACAGCGGCAUGAGUUGCCUUUGCGAGCCACAACAGGCUUCCGGGAGGAGGAGGAACAGGCGGCGGAACAGCGGCAGCGCUGCUGAGGACGAUUUCGACAAGGUCAGCAUCGAGGCCAAUGCAGACGAUAGUGAGUCCAUAUCGACGGAACCGGAUACAGGUCUACAACAGAUGGACAACAAUGAACCCAAGGACGCGGAGCCGGCGGAGUUUGGUCAUCUGGUUGAGACGCGGCGCAAGAUACGCGAGGCAAUUGCGGCCCUGAACGAUGAUGAUGGCUUUGACAAGCGCAUGGCCCGCCUGCUGGCGCAGUUCGAGGGUGCCAUUCGGGAGGAGUUUGAGCGGGCGCAGUAUUCACCGCCCCAGUGUAGGCAGCUGGCGCGCAUCAUAAUUGGACUCACGGACAUCGUGCACAGCAUGAUGCAGGGCCGGGCUCUACAGCUGGACGAGAACUACUGGCAACGCAUUUGCCAGAUUGUUGGCUACUACAUAUCCUGCGAGUUGUGCGCCGCCCAGGCAUCGGUCGAGGCUGACAAGUGCAUAAUUAAUCGUAUUAAUACCUGCCUCAAGCUGUAUGUGGAGCAUGGAGAGGGUGGUCCUGGCGUCCACAAGGAGCAUGUGCUGCGCACUCUUCUGGCGGCACCUAAACUCUUCAAUAGAGCCAGUAUUUUGUCUGUACUAUACAGCCGGCUCUUUCCCCACUGGUCCAUGCCCAGUAUUAUGCUCCAAGCCGAGUUGCCCGACAAGCUGUACAUCGAAUAUAUACUCAUUUUCUACUACUGGUACCGCCUGGAGCCGGACGAGUCCCUUAAAGAACGCAUUGUGACGUUUGCCGAUAAGUUUAUGAGACCAUCGGAAUCUUUGACCACGAGGAGUAUGUAUGCCGCCUACCUGCCUAAGAUAACCGUCCAGACAACGGCCACGCGCGCCAUUUUAAAUUAUUUGAGGCAGAACAGCUGCACCAGCCUUCACAUUGCCAGCAGAAUGGAUAACCGACCGCCGCAAGCCAACGAAGUGGUGCUCAGUUCAGAUGAUGAGGAUAGUUGCCCAAUGUGGAGUACCGUCAUGGGAGCAGCACCCCCUGUGACGCAGCAUAAUCCGCCUGCUUUUCUGCAAAACCUUUGCCGGAAUGCCCGCCACUUGGAGCCCUGCAAGCGGGCUAAUGCUCUCUUUAGCGGCAUCGAUAGCUCUGUGGAGAUAGUGGAUCUGCGAGAUUCCGACGACGAGAUGGAAAUGUUCUCUGUAAACUUUAAUGUGCCCGCAAGCGUAGAUGGUAUUAUCUCCAACUCCAACUCAAACUCAAACGAUGCUGGGAAUCAGGAUGACUCCGUCAAUGUCACUCGCAUAUAUCCCAGCAACCUGCGCACCUAUGAGCGGACAGUAGCCCCGAUACCGCCUACUGCCACCUAUACAAUACCGCGCAUAGUUAAUAGCUAUAGUUGCCGCAGGGAUAGCCUACACUUGGUGUCCACCACAGCGCCGCAUCUGGUCGAUCAAAGUGUACAAACGUUGGCGGAGGAGCAGCCGGAGCAGCAGGAUCUCGACCCGUACAGAUGCCUCUUCCCGAGUAGGAGCAGAAGCAGCAGCAACAAUGAUGAUGACAGCGGUCAGCGGACACCGCUGUAUCACUGCCGUCAAUCUUCUAGUCAAAACUGCAGCAGCAACACCAGCGAGACGUCGCUUCUGAAGAAACAGGUUACCUUUAGUGCCCAGCAUUUGGGUGCCACUGCCCCAAAGGGUUCGUCUUCGCCAGCACUAGCCGCCGCAACAAAGAAGUCCUCGAUCAAGCGUCAGAGGAGAACAUCCAAGGCAGAACACCUAGAGUUGAUACGUCGGAAGGCGCGAAAUGAGCACUUUCAGGCCAGCGAGAGAAUGUUCGCCAAGCUGGAAGCCAAGAACCAACAAACUAUUUGCGAUAACCAUUUAACCCCCACCAACAGCAACGCCUCUAGUGGUACACCCACCCGGAUACAACCGGUCACAUCUAGCCAUAACAAGAAGGUUGGCUUGCCCACACCGCCAGCCUCAACGCACAGUUCCAGUAGUCCUUGCCAUGUUCAAAGCGUAACCACCACCAGCCGACACCAGAAAUCCAAGUGGCCAACGGAUGCCGAAGUAAGGUUAUACAAUGAGCUGCUUAGCCAGCAGCGCGAGAAGAUUCGAGAACGUCGGCUGAUGAUAAAGCAAGAGAAGAUGACGCGAAUCGACAAUCAUGUGAUGAAGGAGGAGCGGAAGCAGUCCAAAAAGCAACAGCGGAAGUUGCUGAGGGAAGAAAAGGCACUGAAGGUUAUACAGCCAACGCCCAGGGCCAAGGAAUCCGCGAAGGCAAAGGACAGGUAUCCCAUUGUAAGACUGAAACGUAUAAAUCUCAAGGGUCACGAGUCGUCGGAUGUUCCCAAUGACCAAAGGCAGCCACCCCAAGAAGAGCCUUCACAGAAAAACCAACAGGAGGAACCCAAGAAGCAACAUGAUCUGGCUGAGCAACAGCAAAUGGAUGACCUACAGCCUGUGGAAAAUCAGGAUCCUCUGACGGAAAAUGAGAAGGAGCGACAGCAACAGCUGCACGAGGACAAUCAGCAGGAGCUGGAGCCUGCUCCAGUGUCACAUCCGGCGGCAGAGGAGGAAAAACUGCUGCAGCAUUUGCUCGAGGAGCUGGAAAAACAGCUGCAGAAGCAUCAAGAGGAUCUUCAUCAGGCGAAUGGCGAGACACAAUCCCCAACCGAAGAAGAUAAGCCGCAGCUGGAGAAAAAGCCAAAGCGAAGGCGGCGAAGGAAAACAAAGAGAACUGCCUGGACGCACAUCAAGAAUAAAUUGAAGAAAAGCUACCUGCAAACUUCAUGUCCAGCUAUGGAAUCAGGAUUGAAAGAUGUAACCGAAGUUGGUUUUAUAGCCUCUGUAGACCCUGAGCCAGCGCCAGAUGAAGAACCGGAAGUAGAACCGGACCCAGUGCCGGUCCCCGACCCCGUUCCCGUUCCCGAACAAACAAAAACAACAACAGAUCCUUCUGCAUACGAGUUUGAUCAGGAGUUAGUGCCCGAGGUUGGCAACGAACUGGAGAUUAUUGCAGCUCCUAUGCUCGAGCCGGAGGAUGGGGAGGAUACUGGAGCCCUCUUAUCGCCGUCGCAUAACCUCGAGCUGGUGACCAGCCGUGUUCCGGUUUAUUUGCUCAACGGUGAGAGUCGCGAUGUCAGCACUCCGCUCUCUAGCAGCCAGUUUAGUAGUGCCAGCGGUUCAGAGCCAUAAAAGGUAUGGAUAGAUUAGAGAUUAGGAAGCCCCCACCAAGGCCCAGUGCUAUGCAAUUCCAAUCGUAGUCCCCCUGCUUUCAAAGACCUAAUAAUAGCAAGAUGAGUAACGCCAUAAGCUCUCAUCCCAUGUCCUUGGCCUUGUCCUUGGCCUAUAAUAGUAUUUGUGUUCGCUCUGAAAUGGCAUUGCCCAAAGCAGUUCUUAUACGUAGUUUCUAUUGUAGUAAAAAUUACAAAUUGUUAAAAAUUUAUGUUUAGUAUUUCUUUUCUGUUUGCAAUACACACGACUCGGGUUCGAGUCUACACGCGUACCAAAAUCCCUGGCAUUAAGCAAUGUCAAUUUAACAAAAAACAAAAAAUGAUUGUAAUAUUCUUUAAUGCGAGUAAAAUAUAUAAUCUAAGCAGCAA